GAUCUGAAAACACACACUCUUACGCGCACACACUCAAACGCAUCAUCUCUCCCAACAAAACGAGCUCUUUAAUUAACGAUCAUCUUCAGAUGAACGAUAACAGUGGUAACAACAGUAACAAUCGCCGGUAUCCUCCCGGUAUCGGAAAUGGUCGCGGCGGCGGCGGAUGGUAUGGCGGUGGUGGAGGUGGUAAUUUUCAAGCAAACCCUAAUUACCACCAUCAACCUCGAAAUGCUAAUCAAAUUCAACAGCAUCAGCAUCAACAUCAGCAGCAGCAGCAGUCACAGUACCUGCAGAGACAGCAGCCCACACAACAACAGUACAAUCAGAAGCAGCAGUGGCUAAGACUGAACCCUAAUAUCCCUGGUUCUUCUACUGCUAAUAGUAAUAACUAUGAAGUCGAGAAAACCGUGCAGUCAGAAAGCAGCGUUGAUUCAAGCUCUCAAGAUUGGAAGGCACACUUAAACAUACCUGCAGUGGAUAGCCGUUACAAGACUGAGGAUGUCACAGCUACAAAAGGAAAUGAAUUUGAGGACUACUUUUUGAAAAGGGAGCUACUUAUGGGAAUCUAUGAGAAGGGUUUUGAAAGACCUUCCCCCAUACAGGAGGAAAGCAUCCCUAUUGCUCUAACUGGUAGUGAUAUUCUUGCUAGAGCAAAAAAUGGAACUGGGAAAACAGCAGCCUUUUGUAUACCAGCUCUUGAAAAGAUUGAUACAGACAACAACGUCAUCCAAGUUGUCAUACUAGUUCCAACAAGAGAAUUGGCUCUUCAGACAUCACAAGUUUGCAAGGAACUUGGAAAGCAUUUACAAAUUCAAGUAAUGGUCACCACUGGAGGAACAAGUUUGAAAGAUGAUAUUAUGCGCUUAUAUCAACCUGUGCAUUUACUGGUUGGUACUCCUGGAAGAAUUCUUGAUCUAACCAAAAAGGGAGUGUGCAUUCUCAAUGAUUGUGCAAUGCUGGUGAUGGAUGAGGCUGAUAAGUUGUUGUCCCCAGAGUUUCAACCUUCCGUGGAGCAUCUAAUCAGUUUUCUUCCUGAGAGCCGCCAAAUUUUGAUGUUUUCGGCCACAUUCCCUGUUACCGUCAAAGAUUUCAAAGAUAGAUACCUGAAAAAACCGUAUGUUGUUAAUUUAAUGGAUGAGCUUACUCUUAAAGGUAUCACACAGUUUUACGCUUUUGUAGAAGAAAGACAGAAGGUUCACUGCCUCAACACUCUUUUCUCAAAGUUACAAAUCAACCAAUCCAUCAUUUUCUGCAAUUCUGUGAACCGGGUAGAGCUAUUAGCCAAGAAGAUUACGGAGCUCGGUUAUUCUUGCUUCUAUAUUCAUGCUAAAAUGUUGCAAGAUCACCGGAAUAGAGUGUUUCAUGACUUCCGCAAUGGUGCAUGCAGAAAUCUUGUUUGUACUGAUCUAUUUACAAGGGGUAUAGAUAUCCAAGCAGUCAAUGUUGUCAUCAAUUUUGAUUUUCCUAGGAAUGCCGAGACGUAUUUGCACAGGGUGGGUCGUUCCGGAAGGUUUGGACAUCUGGGUUUAGCUGUGAAUUUGAUAACUUAUGAAGACCGCUUUAACUUGUAUAGGAUUGAGCAGGAGCUUGGAACUGAAAUAAAACAAAUUCCUCCCCAAAUCGAUCAAGCCAUUUAUUGUCAGUGAUCCAUGACAUAUGCUUUGCAAUGAUUUAACAUCUUGGCGCAUUCCCAAUUAGAUGUGAAAUCAACAUGGAUAAAACAAACGCCUCUAGCAGGAGCUGAUUGGUGGAACUGUGGCUAGAGAAAUAGAAGGAUGACAGUCAUUCAAGACAAACGUUAGGCUUUUUUUCCUUUCCCUUUAGUUUAGCAUCUGUUAUAUGCUAGCUGUGUAUUUAGAUGAUUGUGGUGAAUAGCUUGUAGUUUCUUCUGCAUAUCCUGAAAAGAAAAAAGAAAAAAAGAAAAAAAAGCUUAAAAGAAACAAAACUUGAAAACUGAAAUAGUUAUGUUGAACAUUUUCUUAGAUUUAUGUUGGAUAUCAAAUUUAAAUUUCCUUUU